CAAAGGUAUCAUACUACAUGAUAUGAUAUGAUAUGACAUGAUCGCGAAGCAACAGAGCUCGGAGCUUACUUACAAAGUCGAGGUCUCCUAUACGGAGAUCUGCAACGAGAAGGUGCACGAUCUGCUCAAUCCAAAGCCAAACAAACAGUCGCUGAAAGUCAGGGAACACAAUGUCUUGGGGCCGUAUGGAUGAAUGGACUUAGUCAGCUCGCCGUCACACCCUUUCAGAUCAUGAGAUCCGACACCUCGAUGGACUCUUUGAACGUCACGCGUUCUGAAAGCGUGACUGAUCUCAACACAGAGUUGAACGGGCUGCUUCAUUCGCGACGUGCAUCCACGGGUUACACCAGAAACGAGAGAACUUCGUUUCUGCGCCGGUUAAACCAUUCAGAAUCGUUUUUAGCAUCUCCGAAUAUGGUCGGUGGCAAAUUGGGUCUACCAAUGACUACUCUACACGAGGAAACGUCGAACACUGGCAACCAGUUGUCGACACCCGUACACGACGAGGACGAAGAGAAGAGCGACGCUGAUUACUCGGAAUAUGAUUCGUACCAGGCACCGGCGAAACCAGUAAAACCACUAACUUUUUCACGCACACUGGAUUCUCUUGUCGAACUUCAAUUGACGAAGAUCAACGCGCCAAGCAUGAGCAGCAGUGGCUACAGUUCACAAGCGGUGUCUACGACCAAUCUCACGUUCAAAGACUCCAUCUCCGUUAAAUCUAUCAGCGUGGACGAGACACCAGACCUGGAAUACAGAAAUCUGUUGGAUUAUAAGAAACCAGAGAGAAUGGACAGCUCACUGGUGGAGGAAACGCCAGAGGAAUAUAUGGGUGAAGUGACUAACGCGUUGGGCAAUUUGAACGUGAUGGAGAACACUUGCGGCGAGGAGCAUACUAGAAAGAACAGACAUCGACAGUCCGGUUUCUUCGACGAAAAGCGAUAGCAAUGCAAAUACCAAUGUAUCGCGUACAAGUUCUACUCAUUGUCAGAAGAAGGAUAUACCAAGCCAGGUUUUGAGCAACAGAAGGA